GAAACUAAAGACGAUGACGUUUCAGUUCUCGGGGCUCAUGGACCAUUUAGAUUAGGUAUUAAUUAUACCUCUAGAGCGGACUACCAUCGCUUUGAUGUAAAUGUAAUGAAAUCCGAAUGUGUUUACAUGAAAUCCGUCAUAUUUAUAGGAAAUUCGAUUUUGUUUGUAUGAAUUUCAUCCGGAUUAUUAAAAAAAAUAUAGCUAUGUUCUCCCGCAUCCAUGUUUGCUGACAGAUGUGAGAGGAUAUUUUGGGGUUGCCAUUAAAGAUGCCUAACUGUGACAAAGCAAAUCCAGCUAUCGGAGGUGGACUGAAGACCUACUACGGGCCCCAACAUUUCCUCGGAAACCAAUGUCUUUGUCCGCGACCACUCGGGAGAGCCGAUCAGCAAGGCCGGGCAUGUGGAUAACACCACUAAGGCUUUGGGUGUAGGCGUGUAGCACCGCACACGUAUAUAUAGACACAGGAUCACUAGGCGUCAGAGGAUAAGAGACCGACCGGAGAAGAUGAGCAGGGUGUGCGUCACCGGAGCUGCAGGCUACAUCGCGUCCUGGCUCGUCAAGAAGCUCCUCGACAGAGGCUGCACCGUCCACGGGACCGUCCGAAACCUCGGGGAUGAGAAGAAGACGGAGGUGCUCAGGGGGCUUCCCGGCGCGGCGGAGCGGCUGGUGCUGUUCGAGGCGGACAUCUACGACGCGGCCACCUUCGAGCCGGCGAUCCAAGGCUGCGAGUUCGUCUUCCUCGUCCCUGCCCCGCUGCACCACAACUCCGGCAGCUCCAAGUACAAGGACACCACUGAAGCGACCAUGGACGCGACGCGCGCCAUCCUGCAGCAGUGCGAGCGGUCCAAGACGGUGAGGCGUGUCAUCCACACGGGCUCCGUUGUCACGGCCUCGCCGCUCCGGGAGGACGGCGACGGGUACAAAGAGUUCGUGAGCGAAUCCUGCUGGACCUCACUCGGCCUGCCCUACGACCACAGCAACGAACACCUGGACGCUUAUGUAUCCUCGAAGACCAUCUCUGAGAAGGAAUUACUCAAGUACAACGAUGACUUCUUCGAGGGCAGAGUGCUCGACGUUGUUGUCUUGGUAUGUGGCCUCGUAGGAGGAGACACCCUCCUUCCGCACAUCAGCGACAGCCUCCAUGCCAUGUUGUCACCUCUAACUGGCGCCGAGCUCUAUCACAACUCCCUCAAGUUCCUACAAGCCCUCCUCGGCUUCGUACCACUGGUGCACGUCGACGACGUCUGCGAGGCACACGUCUUCUGCAUGGAGAAAUCGUCUGAUGUUGUUGGUGGCCGAUACCUUUGCACCACCGCGCACACCAACAUGCAUGACAUCUUGGAGCACUACGUCCGCAGGCACCCCGAACUCGAGCGGAUCAAAGAAGUGGUGGGAGAGGGAGUGAGAGUGCAGGCUAACACAAACAAGCUUGUGGAGCUGGGGUUCAAGUAUAAGUAUGGAGCAGAGGAGGUGCUUGAUGGAAGCGUGGAUUGCGGGAAGAGGUUGGGAUUGUUGUAA